CCCAUGACUUCCCAACUCACAGUUUGGUACGCUAAAUUAUUUUCACAAACAUUAUUAUGAUCAUAUUCAAAACCAACCAUCCCUUUUUAAUACCACCCUCCUCUCUUCUCUCACCAUCUUCAUUCCUUCUCUCCUUUUCUCUUGCUGGCCGCGGGCUCAACCUCCUCGUCUCCCAUGCAGGGCUAUCAUAACGAGCAGCCGGAGAGGCCUCCGACGCGCCAUUCUGGUGUUUCGGGGAAAAUAGCAUGCAGAGUAUGCAGUGAUGAGAUUGGAGUUAGAGAAGAUGGAACAUUGUUUGUUGCUUGUCAUGUUUGCCGGUUUCCUGUUUGCAAGCCUUGUUAUGAGUACGAGAGAAGUGAAGGAAAUCAGUGUUGUCCUCAGUGUAACACUCGCUAUAAGCGUCACAAAGGUUGUGCUAGAAUUGUAGGAGAUGAUGAUGAUGAUGAAGCAGAUGAUUUUGAUGAUGAAUUUGAGAUUAACAAGCAGAAAAUGCAGCAGAAGGAACAUGAUGAGCCAGAUCAUAAAAAUGUCUUUGCUCCCUCGGAAAGUGGGGACUAUGUUCAGAGGCAGCCAUUGCAUACUGGUGGUCCUGCAUUUUCUUCUACAGGAAGUGUGGCAGGGAAGGAAAUUGAGGGGGAGAAAGAAUUGUACAACAAUGAAGAAUGGAAAGAAAGAGUUGAGAAAUGGAAAGUCCGGCAAGAAAAGAGAGGUUUAGUCAGCAAAGAUGAUGGCGGAAAUGAUCAAGGAGACGAAGAUGAAUACCUAAUGGCUGAAGCUAGGCAGCCUCUAUGGCGAAAAAUCCCCAUUGCCUCAAGCAAGAUCAGUCCUUACCGGAUUGUCAUUGUCAUCCGAUUAGUUGUCCUGGUGUUCUUUCUCCGUUUUCGUAUCUUAACUCCAGCCUAUGAUGCCUACCCAUUGUGGCUAAUUUCUGUAAUCUGUGAGAUAUGGUUUGCUCUCUCCUGGAUACUUGAUCAGUUCCCUAAAUGGUUCCCAAUUGAAAGAGAAACUUAUCUUGAUCGCCUUUCCUUGAGGUUUGAGAGAGAGGGAGAGCCUAAUCAAUUAGCUCCAAUUGAUUUCUAUGUCAGUACUGUGGAUCCUCUCAAGGAACCUCCAAUCAUAACUGCAAACACAGUACUGUCGAUCUUGUCUGUUGAUUAUCCUGUCAAUAAGAUCAGUUGUUAUGUGUCCGAUGAUGGUGCUUCCAUGCUCCUUUUCGAUUCACUAGCAGAAACUGCCGAGUUUGCAAGAAGAUGGGUGCCCUUCUGCAAGAGGCAUAAUAUUGAACCGCGGGCUCCAGAAUUCUAUUUCUCUCUGAAGAUAGACUAUCUGAAAGAUAAGGUGCAUCCCAACUUUGUCAAGGAGCGCAGAGCUAUGAAAAGAGAAUAUGAAGAAUUCAAGGUGAAAAUUAAUUCAUUGGUAGCCAAGGCUCAGAAAAAACCUGAAGAAGGAUGGGUUAUGCAGGAUGGCACCCCAUGGCCUGGAAACAACACAAGAGAUCAUCCUGGCAUGAUUCAGGUAUAUCUUGGAAGUGAAGGUGCCCUUGAUGUGGAAGGCAAGGAGCUUCCCCGCCUUGUGUAUGUUUCUCGUGAGAAGAGACCUGGAUAUGACCAUCAUAAGAAGGCUGGUGCCAUGAAUGCUCUAAUUCGAGUAUCAGCAGUGCUCACCAAUGCCCCUUUCAUGCUGAACUUGGAUUGUGACCAUUACCUUAACAACAGCAAAUGUGCAAGGGAAGCCAUGUGCUUUUUAAUGGAUCCCCAGCUUGGGAAGAAGGUCUGCUAUGUUCAGUUCCCUCAGAGGUUUGAUGGUAUCGAUCGUCAUGAUAGAUAUGCCAAUCGCAAUACUGUGUUCUUUGACAUUAACAUGAAAGGUCUAGAUGGAAUCCAAGGGCCAGUAUAUGUUGGUACAGGAUGUGUCUUCAAUAGGCAGGCAUUGUAUGGAUAUGAUCCACCCGUGUCGGAGAAGAGGCCUAAGAUGACAUGCGAUUGCUGGCCUUCAUGGUGCUGCUACUGCUGCGGUGGUUCAAGGAAGUCAAAAUCCAAGAAGAAAGGACACAGAAGCCUGUUUGGAGGACUACUCACAAGGAAAAAGAAAAUGAUGGGAAAGAACUACAUGAGAAAAGGUUCUGGAGCAGGGUUUGAACUUGAAGAGAUUGAAGAAGGGCUUGAAGGUUAUGAAGAGUUAGAGAAAUCAUCACUUAUGUCGCAGAAGAAUUUUGAGAAACGAUUCGGGCAAUCACCGGUAUUUAUUGCCUCUACUCUCAUGGAAGAAGGUGGCCUGCCUGAAGGAACUAAUCCUGCAACACUCAUUAAGGAAGCUAUUCAUGUUAUUAGUGUGGGAUACGAAGAGAAAACCGAAUGGGGAAAAGAGGUUGGAUGGAUUUAUGGUUCUAUUACAGAGGAUAUCUUGACAGGAUUCAAGAUGCAUUGCAGAGGGUGGAAAUCAAUUUAUUGUUCUCCGAAAAUUGCAGCUUUUAAGGGAUCAGCCCCUAUUAAUCUAUCAGAUCGGUUGCACCAAGUUCUGCGAUGGGCUCUUGGUUCUGUAGAAAUUUUCAUGAGUCGCCACUGCCCAUUAUGGUAUGGUUAUGGAGGCAAGUUGAAAUGGCUGGAGAGGCUUGCCUAUAUCAACACUGUUGUUUAUCCUUUCACUUCUAUUCCUUUGCUCGCUUACUGUACCAUUCCGGCUGUCUGCCUUCUGACAGGAAAAUUUAUCAUCCCUACACUGACCAACCUUGCAAGUAUAUAUUUCAUGGCGCUUUUCCUUUCCAUCAUCGCAACAAGUAUUCUGGAGCUUCGGUGGAGUGGAGUAAGCAUCGAGGACCUAUGGCGUAACGAGCAGUUCUGGGUCAUCGGUGGUGUAUCCGCACAUCUGUUUGCAGUCUUCCAAGGCUUCCUCAAGGUCCUUGGUGGAGUGGACACAAACUUCACUGUCACAUCUAAAGCAGCAGAUGAUGCAGAAUUCGGAGAGCUCUACCUUUUCAAAUGGACUACACUGCUAAUUCCACCGACAACUCUAAUUAUCAUUAACAUGGUCGGAGUUGUGGCUGGAGUAUCUGAUGCAAUCAACAAUGGAUAUGGUUCAUGGGGUCCUUUAUUCGGGAAGCUAUUUUUCGCUUUCUGGGUUAUCGUUCAUCUCUAUCCUUUCCUCAAAGGUUUAAUGGGAAGACAGAACAGGACACCUACCAUUGUUGUCCUCUGGUCUGUCCUUCUUGCAUCAAUUUUCUCACUAGUUUGGGUUAGAAUUGAUCCCUUCUUGCCCAAGCAAACCGGCCCUAUUCUUAAACAAUGCGGAGUCGACUGCUAGUUUUCCCAUUCAGUUCUUCUGUAUUGAUUUUGCCUUUCAGGUUUUUCUAUUGUAUUUACUUGUUUUACUACAUAAGAUUUUUUAAGUCUUCAAGAAGAGCGAUCAGUGUAAAAUUAGUGACCAGCAAUAGACACUUUGUCUUAUACUUCAAAUUUUCUUCAAAUUUUCAAAUGAUAUCAGAUUUAUACCAA